GGUCGCGCUCGAGCGCCGUAACCGAUCCUCCAAAGUACAUGUGCAGUGUUUUCUGUCUGUACUCUGAAACUCUGACUAAAGUCCUGCUGAAGGACUGUGAGACUGUUAUUCCUCCAGACUGACCGCAACACUGACUCUCGACACAGAUACAGGUCAGCCGGUGACAUGAGCAGGUAUUAUGUUGGCGUGGAUGUGGGCACUGCCAGUGUGCGAGCGGCUCUGGUCACGUGGGACGGUCAGGUCAAACACAUGGCAGAGGAGCCCGUUAACAUAUGGGAGCCGUGUGCUGACCAUUACGAGCAAUCAUCAGAGGAUAUCUGGAGCAAAUGCUGCAGGACGGUGAAGCGAGUGACUCAGGACGUUGAUGUGAAGUCUGUACGAGGGAUCGGCUUUGAUGCCACCUGCUCACUGGUGGCUCUGGACCGGCACUUCCUGCCCGUGGCUGUCAAUCACACAGGUGUCCGGGAGAGGAAUGUGCUGAUGUGGAUGGACCACCGGGCCACGGAUCAAGCCUCUCGGAUCACAGCUACCAAACACAGAGUGCUCCGGGGAGUCGGGGGUGUGAUGUCACCCGAAAUGCAGCCCCCCAAAUUACUGUGGCUCAAAGAGAAUCUGCGGGACACCUGUUGGAAAGAAGCGGCACACUUCUUUGACCUUCCUGACUUUCUGUCCUGGAAAGCCACAGGCUCUUUGUGCAGGUCUUUAUGUACUCUGGUGUGUAAGUGGACGUAUUCUCCAUCUGAUGGGUGGGACGACACGUUCUGGAGCGCCAUCGGUCUGGAGGACCUGAUGGAGAACAGUUACUCUAAAAUAGGCCAGCAGACAUGUUGUCCAGGGACUCCAGUGGGACGAGGUCUGACCGCAGCGGCGGCUGCAGAUCUGGGUCUGAUUCAGGGCACCGCUGUAGGCGCUUCGCUCAUAGACGCUCACGCAGGAGGCUUAGGGGUGAUGGGAGCAGACGUGGGGGGGCAUCAGCUGCCCUGUGAGCAUCAGCCUGUCUCGUCCCGUAUGGCCCUCAUAUGCGGCACGUCUUCAUGUCACAUGGCUGUCAGCACACAGCCGCUGUUCGUCCCCGGGGUCUGGGGCCCGUAUCUGUCUGCCAUGCUGCCGGAGCUGUGGCUCAAUGAGGGAGGACAGAGCGCCACGGGCCGCCUGGUGGAGCAUGUGGUGAGAGGACACGCAGCGUACAGGCAGCUGGAGGAGCGGGCGGAGCGCAGAGGGAAACACGUUUACUCGUACCUGAACGCUCACCUGGAGAGCAUGAGCGCAGACGCAGCGCAGCUGGAGCAGCUGACGGCCCGCCUGCAUGUCUGGCCUGAUUUCCAUGGCAACCGCUCUCCUCUGGCCGACCAGACGUCCCGCGGCGCGGUUGUGGGUCUCACUUUAUCACAGACACUGGAUGAUCUGGCUCUGCUGUAUCUCGCCACUCUUCAGGCCAUCGCUCUCGGCACCAGACACAUCAUAGACGCCAUGAGAGCAGCAGGACAUGACAUCACAACCCUCUUCCUGUGUGGAGGACUGAGCAAGAAUGCCCUGUUUGUGCAGACGCAUGCCAACACUACAGGUCUGCCGGUGGUUCUGCCAGCGGAGCGAGAGGCCGUGCUGCUGGGAGCCGCUGUGAUCGGAGCCUGCGCUUCAUCUGACUGCAGCUCCAUACAGGAAGCAAUGAGGAGAAUGACCAGAAUCGGGCAUGUGGUCAGACCAAACUCUGAACUCGAGAGCUUCUACAGGAGGAAGUACGCUGUGUUUCUGCGGCUCUAUGAUCAUCAGAAGGAGUGUGUGGCGCUGAUGGAGGCCGAAGCUGUUUGACAGGCAGACGCUUUCUGAAGAGCAAGAUUAAACACUGAGAUCCUUGAGCUGAAGACAGCUUCAGAUGACAAACAACACCAGGAUCCUUAAUCCAGGAAAUGUUUUUACUGAACACACAAAUACUGAUAGUACUCUAAGGGUUCAGCCUUUUACAAA